AUGUUUAAUAACUCGAAGAUCAAAUUGACGGUAUUCUCGGGCGACCAGACGUCAGCAACAACUCCAUUCAGCAUAUGCUCUACAAGGCUUAUGGCCUACCAAUAUGCAGACGAUCACAACCCGGUAGACAAAACACAGGCGGAAGAGCUUAAGACAAUUGUUAAGCCAGCCUGGAGCAAGAGUUCUGACGGUCUGUUCAAUGUGCCAGGCUGCAAGACACGCGUAAGAUUCGCGAAUCGCAUGCCAGAUACACCCAGAGGUGAGGCAGUACCCACGGUCAUGGUGGUCGUCGACUUCGGCGACAAAUCAUUUCCGAUAGACUCGAGCACUGCCGAGGCAAUAACAAAAUCGUAUCAGAAAACGCGAAAUUUCUUGUCGACAAAGGGUCCGGCUGGCAUCGCCUUGGAGUUUGUCGAUGAGAGGUCGAUCAACAUCAAAGGUUAUGAGGGUGCGGCAUGCUGGAUCGCUGAAUAG